AUGACAGCAGCUGGACUUGGGUUUGCAACUUGAGCAUUUGCAGGUCAUUAUGCUUUGCACCUUUGGAAAACAUUGGAGCAGGUAUUUACAGAGACAGUAAAGUGGAUUUUGACCUCUAGUCUUUCAUUAUACUAUAAAGGAGGAUUGGAACAGAAAAUGACUGGAUCAGAAGUUAGUCUUAUUUUAAGUAUAAGUCCAUGUACUGUCAAGUCCAAAAUCAAAACAUGCCACAGAAAAAUGAUUAUGAAUCAUCUUUAUAAAGGAAGAUCACCUUACUUAACAGCAAAAGUAAAUGAAGCAAAAGAUUUAUCACUGUUGGAAUUCAGUGAUAAAAUCCAGUGA